AUGGCAGGCCGAGGCCGAGGCCGGGGCUCCGGCCAGGGUCGCGAUUGGUACGGCAGCUGGGGCCGCAGCUGGGACAGCGGCUGGGACAGCGACUGGUACGGCUGGAGUGAUUGGGGUGGCUGGUGGAGCGGUUGGCCAGAACAGUGGCCAGGUGAUCUUGCCACUGGCACCGCCACUUCAAGCGGUCGUUUGCCAGGUGGUCUUACCCCUGGCGCCGCCACUUCAAGCCGGAAGACUGAGUGGUCCAGCAAGUUUCCGCCUGGUCAGUUCGUGACGGCGCUGGUCCCGCUGGCAAUGAACAGCUACAGAGACCGGUCAUACAGCCCCAUUGCGACGUACAUCCAGGAGGAGCUUCUCUGCCACAUCGCCAUGAGGGCGACGUCGCCGGACCGCUUUGGCCACAAGAGAGCCCGCAUGACCAUCAAGGGCCUUCAAGCUGAGGCCGCUUGGCGGCAUUUUGUGCGGGAGACCAACAAGCUGGCAGAGCAAGGUGUGCUGGCAGAUCUGGAAGAUGGCAAGGUGGCCUGGCACCGCUGCCCACCAGCCAAGCGGGAAAAAAAGCAGGACGACGAUUCCGUGGACUGGGGCGGCUCGGAGGAGUCACUGUCUGAGGCGGGAGGGCAUGCGGCGCCCGAUCAUGUAGAGACGGAUGAGUCGUCUGAUGGUCUUACCUCAGACGAAGAAACGCAAGAGGAUGCUGCGACUACAGGGCCUGCUCCGCCCCAGUCAAGAUGGGAACGACUGAGAGCCUUGGCCAUCAGGCAAGUUCAGGCAGCCAGAGACAAGAAUGGUCUCAGCCAAGAGGCUGUCAACCUGGUGCGGAGCGUUUCCGAGGAGGAGCCACUGCCCAAGGAGCUUCUGAGCUUGAGGAUUUCUUUCUGCAUCUGCUGCUUCGGCCGUGGAUGGCAGCUCAGGAAGGCGUUGCCAGCAAAUAUUAUGCUCCAGCGCGGCCACAUGCAGAAUGUGCGUUUCUGCAUUUCUUUGUAUGACAAUGCCGGCACAGAUGGCGAGAAGACAAGAGUUUUCAUCGAAGAACACUUCCAGGAAGAGCUGGCAAACGGGUUCUUGGUGGUCCGCUUUGCAAAUGAUGUGCCGAAUUUUUCAUUCCCCCGUGUGCAAGAACGCGGCUCACAAGCUGGCAUUGUUGGUGCCUUGGGGCCAAGGCUUUGUGUCCUCGGAUGGUCUUACCUCCUUGGACACGGACUGGACAAGGGAGCCGCAGGCCUGGGAACACGUGGCGCCAGCGACAGCUGCCUCCACGGAGGUGACUCUGGCUGCACAGGCCGCAUGGGCGUGACACAGGAAACCUUCCUGCAGCUCAACGGCUACGACGAGUCCUUCUACCCGACUGGCUACCAGGACAUCGACUUCUUUGAGCGCCUGAAGCACAAGGCGCCGGGCUGGGCCUAUCGACUCUCCUUCCACCGCGGGUGGUCGAUCCCAAAUGACAGAGACGAGAAAGUUGCCCAAACCACAGCAAAGGUCCAACAUUCGGGCUGCAGUCUCACGUGGUCCUUGCAAAAUGCAAGGAACAGGGACAGCAGCAAGGAGCAGCUUAGUGAGGGGCGGUGGUUCCGGAAUACGGACACGCAACCGGAGCCCCGCAAAGCGCUGCUGCUGCUGAAAGCAUUGGGCGGCCCCUCACUAAGCUGCUCCUUGCUGGCUGCUGGAAGGAUCAGGGAUGGUCUUACCUCCCAGGUCAGGGAUGGUCUUACCUCCCAGGUCAGGGAUGGUCUUACCUCCCAGCGCGGUGCAGGCGAGGACCAUGCCAAGACAGAGGUCGAUGAGGCGAUGGAGGUGGACCAGGAGCCCCCAGUCCAAGCCACGAAGGAGGAGGCGGCAGCUGCUGCAGAUGCGAAGGCACGUCCAGCGGACAGGCCUACGGCUGGGAUGGUCUUACCUCCCAAGCGGAACAAGGUCUACGUGGACAUUGUGACGUGUGGGGUGGCCAACCUGCAGUUCACUUUGGCCCCGGCCAGCGGCAGGAACAGGUUGCCGGCAGCCCUGUACCACAAAUGCAAAGCAAUGAGGCUGUUGGCAACUUCCAAAGGAGACCGGGCGGUGGACCACAACGCACUUGUUGAGAUGCUGCGCGAGGUGGACGUCUUCCCGCGCAACACCACAGAGCAUGUUGCGUUGGACACGCGGGUCUUCCACGACCCCCGGAAUAAGAACACCCUGCGCGACCACAUAGGGUACCACCCCGAGAUCAUACGCAUGGUGGCGGAGUCCGAGACGACAUGGUUCCACGAGUUUGUCCGCUUUGUGCGACGCGCGGUCCGCGCCGCGCAAGAAAAAGACAUCCCCGCGGGUCAGCGCAGGUCGGUCGGCGUCCUCUGCUUCUGCAAGAGCGGCAACCACCGCUCCGUGGCCAUGGCCUUUCUCCUCCAGCACGCCUUACAAAACUCCAACAUCAUAGAGGCAGUUCAAUGUGCUCACGUGACCGAGAUGGCAGGGAACUGGGCAGAGCGCCAGUGCGGACCUUGCGACAUUUGCCGUGGGCAACCAAACCAGGUCAACACGGCUCAUGAUAAUAUUUUGCGCCAGGCGAAACAUCGCGCCAGGAGUGCCUGGAAGCAUGCAGUCCAGAGCGCGUGA